ACUGAAUAACAACCCCCAGUUUUGCAGAAAACCUUUGAAAUGGCAUAAAACUUAGUCAGAAGAUGAUCCUUGGUAGGGGGUAGUUAAGCAUCCUAGAGUAGAUGCCAAAUUGGAGUCGAUUCAUGCUGAUGGGAUGAUGCUUCCUGAUUGCGUAUGGUCAUGCUCACCUGAGACUUCGACGGCAAGACAGAAGAAGAGGUUGGGAACAUGUGUAUAUAACAGAUCGUUUGGUGCUUGUGGUGAGAGGAAAUCGUUGGGAAGUAUGAAGAGGAUAGGUGCUAUGAGGAGUCCAGCUAAGUGGGUUACUGGUUUCCUGUUUGGUUUCUUGCUUGUGGUGGCCCCUCUGGUUCAGUCAUGGAGCAAAGAAGGCCAUAUCAUGACCUGCCGGGUCGCUCAGAAACUUCUGAACCAUGAGGCCUCCCAUGCCGUCGUUAACUUACUGCCGGAUUACGUUAACGGCGACCUUUCAGCCCUUUGCACGUGGCCGGACCAGAUCAGGCAUUGGUACAAGUAUCGAUGGACAAGUUCUCUUCAUUUCAUAGAUACACCAGAUGAUGCUUGCUCAUUCGACUACUCUAGGGAUUGUCAUGACCAACAUGGAGACAAGGACAUGUGCGUUGCCGGUGCGAUUCAGAACUUCACUUCUGAGCUUUCACACUACAAGGAAGGAUCAUCUGAUCGCAGAUAUAAUCUCACUGAAGCAUUGCUAUUCCUAUCUCACUUCAUGGGGGACAUUCAUCAGCCUCUGCAUGUUGGAUUCACAAGUGAUGAGGGCGGAAACACGAUAAACCUGCACUGGUUUAGACACAAAUCCAAUCUUCAUCAUGUAUGGGACAGGGAAAUCAUUCUUACAGCAAUGAAAGAGAUGUAUGGGGACGACAUGGAAGCCUUCCUACAGGACAUUCAAGCAAACAUAAGCGAUGGGGCAUGGUCAGACGAUGUGCAAGCAUGGCAGGACUGUCAAGGCCAACUUGCUUCUUGUCCAAACAAGUAUGCGGCAGAAAGCAUCAAUAUAGCAUGCAAAUGGGGAUACAAAGAUGUAACGGAAGGAGUAAACUUGUCAGAUGAUUAUUUCACAAGUCGACUACCUAUUGUAAAGAAAAGAAUAGCUCAAGGCGGUGUCAGGUUAGCCAUGACCUUGAACCAGGUGUUCAGCAGCCACCAUGACGAGCUUUAGCAGUCGGAUUACUAGAAUCUUAAGGAUUCAUUCAACAGGCGAGAAGGAAAUCCAGCUGUGAAUAAAUGUUGGCUGUAUUUAUAGUUCAUGUAUUGAGUGCUAAAAUUCAAUCUUCAGUUGGAUGAAUAAGACUUCUUGCUGGGGACAUGUUAUUUGAGGA